CAGGACAUCAAACUAGCAGCAAAUGGUGGUAUACCAGUGCAAACAUUCCUACAGUCUUGCAAAGCCGUGGUUUCCAUAUUCGAUAAACUUAGUUCCACAGCAUUUGCACCAGUAAAGAUGGACAUAAGUGGUAAUAUACGUAAAAUAAAUGAGAAAUAUAAAACAAACCCUUCAGCAUUCAGCACUCUCCAAGCUAUAGUUCUAUAUGAGAAAAGUGUGGGACAAAGCCAGCUUUCAAAUUCUGCUACACAAGCACUUCUGUGGCUAAAAAGGGCUCUUCAUUUUAUCAAGGAGUUUCUCGGAGAACUUGUCUCUGGAGAACAAGACCUUACCAAGGCAGCAACCAAAGCAUAUGAACGUAGCCUCAAACCCUAUCAUGGCUGGGUGGUGAGAGGUGUUUUCUCUCUUGCGGCCAAAGCGGCUCCUUACAGAGAGGAAUUCCUCAAGCACUUGGCUGCCUCCCGUAUGGACCAAGAGAAUCCAGACUUUGAGACUUUGAUCAUACAGGACAUGGAUGAAUGCAGUUCAGCACUGGAGGUACUUAUCAGUAUACUCAGUGAUUUCUACAUAAGUGAAGACUUGGACAGCCAAGAGCAGGUGUGAGGGCUUCUUCAGCACAUGAGGUACACCAAAGGUACCAUGGAACAGAGCUCUCACAUAAGAGAAUUCUCAUUGAAGAUGGAUUACAUUUUGUCCGACUCAACAGGACUGAAUACAAUAUAUAAAUCAUUAGGUAGCAUCAGGACUCCACCCCGCCCCUGUCUCAUUCAACUUGUGAUAGCAGUGAAGUUUGCUAAGAAAUGUCAUCAAUUAUAUGUGUAUAUGAAAUGUGAAAUAUUACACAAGGAAGAUUUUGAAUAUUUGGAAAGUAUGGAGAUAAUUUUUUUUUAUCACCCAGCUCCAUCUCAUCUAACACAGAGAAAAUAAUUGCAAAACCCUACAUUUCAUACUUAAAAUGUACAUUUGUAAGAAAUAUUACCUUUCAGAUUGUUUAUAAAAAUAGUCUGUCUUCAAUCCAGACCAUUUCAUUUCAGUUUUUCAUAUAUGUUUCACAUAUUCAGGUUAUUUAUGUUUCAAUGUUUCCCAAAGUCAAAAAUGGAUGUUAUCAAAGAUUUUGUAGAAUUUUAUCUAAGUUAUGUUUCAUAAGGUCUUGCUUUUAUGGCCUUUAAACAUAACCCUUUGAGAAAAAUAA